GAGAUAUUACAGGCAUAAAAGCACCAGCAGCUGCACCCCACAGCACUGCUCUUCCAGAGGCAGGACCAACCGAAGAUGCGCGCCCUGGUAACUGUUGUCACCCUCCUGCUCUGGGGGCAGCUUCUUGCAGUGGACACUGUCAACGAGAGCACAGAGAAUGCAGAUGACAGCUGCCCAAAGGCCCCGGAGAUUGCAAAUGGCUACGUGGAGCACUCGGUUCGCUACCAGUGUAAGACCAACUACUACCGACUGCGCACUGAAGGAGAUGGAGUGUACACCUUAAACAGUGAGAAGAAGUGGACAAAUAAGGUCACUGGAGAGCAGCUUCCUGAAUGUGAAGCAGUGUGCGGAAAGCCCAAGAACCCAGUAGAUCAGGUCCAGCGGAUCCUGGGUGGCUCGGUGGAUGCCAAAGACAGCUUUCCCUGGCAGGCUAAGAUGAUUUCGCAUCAUAACCUCACCUCGGGGGCCACACUCAUCAGUGAACAAUGGCUGCUGACCACGGCUAAGAAUCUCUUCCUGGGUCAUACGAAAGAUGCAAAAGCAAAAGAUAUUGCCCCUACUUUAAGACUCUAUGUGGGGAAAAAGCAGCUUGUGGAGGUUGAGGAGGUGAUUUUCCACCCUAACUACCUCGAGGUCGACAUCGGGCUCAUUAAACUCAAGCAGAAGGUGCCCGUUGGUGAGAAAGUAAUGCCCAUCUGCCUACCUUCAAAAGAUUAUGCGGAAGUGAAUCGUAUGGGUUAUGUGUCUGGCUGGGGACGAAAUUCCAACUUUAACUUCACCCAGCUCCUGAAGUACGUCAUGUUGCCUGUGGCUGACCAGGACAGCUGUGUACGGCACUAUGAGAACAGCACGGUGCCUGAAAAGAAGCAGCCCAAGAGCCCUGUAGGGGUGCAGCCCAUACUGAAUGAGCACACCUUCUGCGCUGGCCUGUCCAAGUACCAGGAAGACACAUGCCAUGGGGAUGCUGGCAGCGCCUUUGCUGUUCAUGACAUGGAUGACGACACGUGGUAUGCGGCUGGGAUCCUGAGCUUUGAUAAGAGCUGUAGUGUGGCUGAGUACGGUGUGUAUGUGAAGGUGCACUCCAUCCUGGACUGGAUUAAGAAAACCAUGGCUGACAACUAAUGCGUGCUAGAUUUCACUCUGGGAGAGGGAAAACUGGAUGGGGGUGGAGGGACAAAGCCUGGUGUGAAACCAAUGGGCUCCAGCCCUGCAUGUCUAAGUCAAACAAUAAAGAGCUUUAUUUUCACUCA